UGAGCUCCGAGCCUGUUAUUUUUGGCUCCGCAUUUCCAGGGGCUUUGCAGAAGCUGCAGCAGUCAGAUCCAGCUAGUCGGGGCUGUGGUGCGGCAAGGGUGCCAUGCACGGCAGCGUGCCGGGCUCCUGUCUGGCUGUUGCCCCCAUUGCCGGCAACUCUUGGGCAUCCCAAGGGCCUCCUCCUCGGCUUCCUGUUAUGCGUGCUUGGUAUGGCUCCCAAAAAGAUGCCCCCCAAAAAGGGAGGUGAUGGAAUUAAACCACAUCCAAUCAUUGGAAGAUUUGGAACUUCCUUGAAAAUUGGCAUUGUUGGGUUGCCAAAUGUUGGGAAAUCUACCUUUUUCAAUGUAUUGACCAAGAGUCAAGCUUCAGCGGAGAACUUUCCUUUCUGUACUAUUGAUCCAAAUGAGAGCAGGGUACCUGUGCCGGAUGAGAGAUACGAUUUCCUUUGCCAGUACCAUAAGCCUCCAAGCAAAAUUCCAGCUUUUCUGAAUGUAGUGGAUAUUGCUGGCCUUGUGAAAGGAGCCCACGCUGGACAGGGACUAGGAAAUGCCUUUUUGUCACACAUUAGUGCCUGUGAUGGAAUCUUUCAUCUACUACGAUCCUUUGAUGAUGAUGAUAUCACACAUGUUGAAGGAAGUGUUGAACCAGUUCGUGACAUUGAAAUAAUACAUGAAGAACUAAGACUAAAAGAUGAGGAAAUGAUAAUGCCCAUUAUAGACAAACUAGAGAAAGUGGCUGUACGAGGAGGUGACAAGAAAUUAAAACCUGAAUAUGACAUAAUGUGCAAAAUCAAAAGCUGGGUAAUAGAUGAAAAAAAGCCAGUCCGUUUCUACCAUGAUUGGAAUGACAAAGAGAUUGAUGUGCUGAACAAACAUUUGUUUUUAACUUCAAAACCAAUGAUCUACUUGGUUAACCUCUCUGAAAAAGACUACAUUAGAAAGAAAAACAAGUGGUUGAUAAAAAUUAAAGAGUGGGUGGACAAGCAUGACCCAGGUGCCUUGGUCAUUCCUUUUAGUGGGGCCUUGGAACUCAAGUUGCAAGAAAUGAGUGCUGAGGAGAAACAGAAGUAUCUGGAAGAGAACAUGACACAAAGCGCUUUGCCAAAGAUCAUUAAGGCUGGCUAUGCAGCCCUCCAGCUAGAAUACUUUUUCACUGCAGGCCCCGAUGAAGUACGUGCGUGGACCAUCAGGAAAGGGACGAAGGCUCCUCAGGCAGCAGGGAAGAUUCACACUGAUUUUGAAAAAGGAUUCAUUAUGGCUGAAGUAAUGAAAUAUGAAGAUUUUAAGGAAGGAGGCUCAGAAGCAGCUGUCAAGGCUGCUGGGAAAUACAGACAACAAGGCAGAAAUUACAUAGUGGAAGACGGAGAUAUUAUCUUCUUUAAAUUUAACACACCUCAACAGCCUAAGAAGAAAUGAAUAUUCUGUUCAUUGCUCAGAAUUAAAGUCUAUUACCCCAAAAA